AUGGCUGCUGUAGAGGAGCCGGCACCUCAGAAAUGCAAUGACCAUAGAAACGACCCAAGGGCCAGGGAAGAACUUGAAGAUCGGGAGGGCUGGGAAUAUGCUUCGCUAAUCGGCUGGAAAUUCCGCUGGAAACAGCGCAGUUCUGACAAUUUUUGACGCAGGUGCUGGAGGAGAAAAAUGGCUCCUUCUGAGACACACGGCACGGCUGCCAUCUUUAAACUUGAAGGUGCCCUUGGGGCAGAAACCACAGAGGAUGGAGACGAGAAGAGCCUAGAGAAACAGAAGCACAGCGCCACCACUAUGUUUGGAGCAAACACGCCCAUUGUUUCCUGUAAUUUUGACAGAGUCUACAUCUACCACCUGCGCUGUUACAUUUAUCAAGACAGGAACCUCAUGGCUUUGGACAAAGACAGCUUUUCAGAUCCAUACGCUCAUGUCUCCUUCCUCCAUCGAAGCAAAACCACUGAGGUCAUCCACUCCACCCUAAAUCCCACCUGGGACCAAACCAUUAUAUUUGAUGAGGUUGAAAUCUUUGGGGAGCCCCAAACAGUUCUCCAGAACCCACCCAAAGUUAUCAUAGAACUUUUUGAUAACGACCAAGUGGGCAAAGAUGAAUUUUUAGGUCGAAGCAUUUGCUCUCCACUGGUGAAACUGAACUCAGAAAUCGACAUCACACCGAAGCUUCUCUGGCAUCCCGUUAUACAUGGAGUCAAGGCCAGUGGGGACGUCCUGGUCAUGGCAGAGCUGAUUCUGAGGAACAAGGAUGGCUCCAACCUUCCCAUCCUCCCCUCUCAGAAAGCACCAAACUUGUACAUGGUCCCUCAGGGGAUCAGACCUGUGGUUCAGCUCACUGCCAUUGAGAUCCUAGCUUGGGGCUUAAGAAAUAUGAAAAACUACCAGAUGGCUUCCAUCACAUCACCCACUCUCGUGGUGGAGUAUGGAGGAGAGAGAGAAGAAUCGGUGGUGAUCAAAAGCCUCAAGAAGACACCCAACUUCCCAAGUCCUGUUCUCUUCAUGAAAGUGGUACAAAUGUAUGAGCUGAGCUGCUACUUGCCUCAAGAGAAAGACCUGAAGAUCUCUGUCUACGACUAUGACACCUUCACCCGAGAUGAGAAGGUGGGAGAGACCACCAUUGAUCUGGAGAACCGCUUCCUUUCCCUCUUCGGGUCCCACUGCAGCAUCCCUGAGCAGUACUGUGUUUCUGGAGUAAACACCUGGCGAGAUCAGCUGAGACCCACACAGUUGCUUCAAAAUGUAGCCAGAUUCAAAGGCUUCCCACCACCAGUGCUUUCUGAAGAUGGAAGCAGAAUCCAAUAUGGAGGACGGGACUACCCUCUGGAUGAGUUUGGUGAGCGCAGAGCUAUCGUAGCCAUUUGA